GUGUGGAUUUUUAUUUUAUCUUGCUAUUUUCAGUCUCGAAAAUGGGUCGUGUUCGUACGAAGACCGUGAAGAAGGCUUCUCGAUUUAUCAUCGAGAAGUACUACACCAAGCUCACCCUCGACUUCCACACUAACAAGAGGAUCAUGGACGAGGUUGCGUUGAUCCCCUCCAAGCCUCUUCGUAACAAGAUUGCUGGAUUUAUCACUCAUUUGAUGAAGCGUCUUCAGCGCAGCACAGUUCGUGGUAUCAGCAUCAAGCUGCAGGAGGAGGAGAGAGAGAGGAGGGACAACUAUGUUCCCGAUGUUUCUGCUUUGGAACAGGACGUUAUCGAGGUUGAUGCUGAGACCAAGGAGAUGUUGAAGAUGAUGGACUUCUCCUCCAUCCCCGUCCAGCUAACCACCGGCCAGAGAAAUAACUUCAGGAACUAGAUCCUCCGGGCAGGGUUUAUCAGGGCUCCGGUCUUGUUCUGCUGUCUUACCAUUAAACAUCGGUAUAAAUCUCGUAAAACAUCCUAAAUAGAGUUUCUGAGUUUCAGAA